CACCGAAUGCCGUGCGCGCCUCCACAGUUUUUUUCCAGUUGCGACUAUUACGCGUCCCUAUACCAAACACGGAUAUGGAAGUAGGAUAUUGAUCAAAUAAUGCUACUCGUCCAGCGUGCGCCAUGUCGCAUUGCUCUGUCAAAGAAGCCCUUGGGUUCAUUGCUCAGGUCACAAUAUAGCAGCAGUGCCGCAGGCACGUCCGACCCACGUCUAGGGGACUUAGGCAAAGUAAUCCAAGACGAGUAUGCGCAAAUUCGAGAGAAGUAUCAAAAACCAAAGUAUCCAAUCGUGCUAGCUCAUGGCCUCCUUGGCUUCGAUGAAUUACAUCUUGCUGGUCGAUCACUUCCAGGAGUACAAUACUGGCGAGGUAUAAGAGAGGCUUUCAAAGUUAACGGUAUAGAGGUCAUGUCAGCGACAGCACCUGCGGCUGGAUCCAUUGAAGAAAGAGCAGCAAAGCUUGGAGAAAGCAUACACAGGCUUGCGAGGGGCAAAAGCGUGAACAUCAUAGCGCAUAGCAUGUGGACUCGAUGCAAGAUAUAUGAUCAGCCGCCUGAAGCCUUAUAUGUGGACGUACGUUCUUUGACCACGAUAGCUACGCCCCAUCGGGGAUCUGCUUUUGCAGACUAUAUGUUCAAGCAGAUUGGCCCCAUAAACAUUCCGAAGCUCUAUAACAUCCUCGAGAGCUUUGGUCUCGAGACAGGCGCCUUCUCUCAACUUACAAUGGAGUAUAUGCGUAAUGACUUCAAUCCCAAAACACCAGAUGUCGAGGGCAUCCGGUUUGUUCUAAGUCUUCGACAUUAUGUACGCGGCUCAAUAGCACUCACCCUUGCCAGGUAUUUUUCUUAUGGUGCGUCCUUGGAACCGACCUUCUGGUCUGUCUUCCGCCCAUCAUUCAACAUCAUAAAGGAAGCGGAAAAUGCUCCAAAUGAUGGUCUUGUGAGCGUUCCCAGUAGUCAGUGGGGUGAGUAUAGGGGCACUCUAGUAGGAGUGAGCCACUUAGAUCUAAUCAACUGGACCAACCGCCUGAAAUGGUUUUUCUGGGAACUGACUGGCAGUAAACGAAAUUUCAACGCUAUUGCUUUCUAUCUUGCUAUCACAGAUAUGUUAGCAAAGGAGGGACUGUAGAUGCGACCUGAUGUAGAUAUGGCCGAUAAAUAUUCAAUAGUGCAACAGAAUUAUUUGCAUAUACCGAAGAUAAGGACUUGUAAGAAUCUCUGCUACAUCAGAUAGGAGACUAUACACCGAUGCUACGC